AUGCUGCCCCGAGGGCGCCCCCGGGCACUGGGGGCCGUCACGUUGCUGCUGCUGCUGCUGCUGCUGGUUGGCUUCUUCCUGUUCGGCCGGGACCCUGAAUACGGACUACGGGCAGCUGCCACCCUCGAUGGAGACCUGUACGGGAGCCGUAACCGCUCCGCCGCCAGCCUGCAACCUCUACUGCCACCCAAGUGCGAGGUAGGUGUUCCUCCUCAGCUGUUGCACGUGGCCAUCGUGUGUGCGGGAUACAAUUCCAGCCGAGAGGUCAUCACCCUCGUGAAGUCCUUGCUGUUCUACAGGAAAAAUCCGCUGCACCUCCACCUGGUAACUGAUGCUAUAGCCAGGAACAUCCUGGAGACACUCUUCCGAACUUGGAUGGUGCCGGCUGUGGUGAUCCGAUUCUACGAUGCUGAAGAGCUCAAGCCCCUGAUCUCCUGGAUCCCCAACAAGCACUACUCUGGCCUAUAUGGGCUAAUGAAGCUGGUACUUCCCAGCAUCCUGCCUCUCAGCCUGGCCCGAGUCAUUGUCCUGGACACUGAUGUCACCUUCUCCUCUGACAUUGCUGAGCUAUGGGCACUCUUUGCUCACUUUUCUGACAAGCAGGUGGUGGGUCUCGUGGAGAACCAGAGCGACUGGUACCUGGGCAACCUCUGGAAGAACCAUAGGCCCUGGCCUGCCUUGGGCAGAGGAUUUAACACAGGUGUGAUCCUACUGUGGCUGGACAGGCUCCGGCAAACUGGCUGGGAGCAGAUGUGGAAGCUAAUAGCCAAACAGGAGCUCCUUACUCUGAUGGCCACAUCUCUGGCUGACCAGGACGUUUUCAAUGCUGUCAUCAAGGAGCAUCCCGAGCUGGUGCAUCCCCUACCCUGUGUCUGGAAUGUGCAGCUGUCUGACCACACACUGGCUGAGCGCUGCUACUUGGAAGCAGCUGACCUCAAGGUGAUCCACUGGAACUCACCAAAGAAGCUUCGAGUGAAGAACAAGCAUGCAGAAUUCUUCCGAAACCUGCACUUGACCUUCCUGGGGUAUGAUGGGAAACUGCUGCGGAGAGAGCUCUUUGGAUGCCCCAACCAGCUCCCUCCUGGGGCUGAGCAGUUGCAACAGGCCCUGGCACAGCUAGAUGAGGAAGAGCCCUGCUUUGAGUUCCGGCAACAGCAGCUCAGUGUGCAUCGUGUGCAUAUCACCUUCCUCCCCCACCAGCCACCACCUCCCCGGCCUCACGAUGUCACCUUGGUGGCCCAGCUCUCUAUGGACCGGCUGCAGAUGCUGGAAGCCCUGUGCAGGCACUGGCCAGGCCCCAUGAGCCUGGCCUUGUACCUGACAGAUGCAGAGGCUCAGCAGUUCCUGCAUUUCGUGGAAACUUCACCAGUGCUCUCUGCGAGGAAGGAUGUAGCCUACCAUAUAGUGUACCGGGAGGGUCCCCUCUAUCCAGUCAACCAGCUCCGCAACGUGGCUUUGGCCCAGGCUCUCACGCCCUAUGUCUUCCUCAGUGACAUUGACUUCUUACCUGCCUACUCCCUCUACGACUACCUCAGGGCCUCUAUAGAGCAGCUGGAGCUGGGCAGUCAGCGGAAGGCUGCUUUGGUGGUGCCUGCAUUCGAGACCUUGCACUAUCGCUUAAGCUUCCCUAACUCCAAGGCAGAGCUGUUGACCUUACUGGAUGCAGGCUCCCUCUACACCUUUAGGUACCAUGAGUGGCCACAGGGUCAUGCACCCACAGACUAUGCCCGCUGGCGGGAGGCCAAGGCGCCAUACCAUGUGCAAUGGGCAGCUGACUAUGAGCCCUAUGUGGUAGUGCCCCGUGACUGUCCCCGCUAUGAUCCUCGCUUUGUGGGUUUUGGUUGGAACAAGGUGGCCCACAUCAUAGAGCUGGAUGCUCAGGAAUAUGAACUCCUGGUGCUGCCUGAGGCCUUCUCCAUCCACUUGCCCCAUGCUCCAAGUCUGGACAUUUCCCGCUUCCGCUCCAGCCCUACCUAUCGCCACUGUCUCCAGACUCUCAAGGAGGAGUUUCACCAGGACUUGUCACGGCGCUAUGGGGCUGCAGCCCUGAAAUACCUCACUGCCCUGCAGCAGUCCCAAAGCCGGGCCUGAGCUUGCCAAGCUGCCCUGGCCAUGGCUCACACAUACACUCCCUGCAGACACUGGAGAACCCUAGUGGGUGCCCACCUUUACUUCUAUUUAAAUUAUUUAAGGUUUCUG